GGUUGAUCGAAGGGUUGGAUAUCAGUGAAGCCUACCAGGACUCAUCGAAAAGAACAAUCAUGAAGUGUUUGAUUCUCAUCGCCGCUGUAAUCGCUGUCGCGACGGCUUUGCCGGAACGCGAACGUCGUUCCCUUGGUUUGGGACACUUAGGCCUUCUCGGUUGGGGCCAUGGUGUUGCAUUAGCCCCUGCAGCAGCCGUUGUUGCACCAGGUGCACCAUCGGUAGCCGUGGUAGGUCCUGCAGCCGGUUCUGCAGCCGUGGUUGGCCCUUCGGCUGGAUCCGCAGCUGUUGUUGGACCUUCCGCAGGUUCUGCAGCAGUGGUUGGACCUUCUGCAGGAUCCGCAGCGGUAGUAGGACCUUCCGCAGGCCAUGCUGCUGUCGUAGGACCAGUCGCUGGUAGUGCUGCUGUUGUUGGACCAGCUCAUGGUUCCGCUGUAGUUUCUGGACCAGCUGGAGCUAUCGUCGCUCCUGGUGUUGUACCUCAUGGUUUAGUGGCUCAUGGCCUUUGGUAAAGAAGAAAAAAUGUCUCGACUCAACCCUCGUCUUGCUUUCUACGAUUUCAACGAUUUUCUGCUUGGACUUGAAACGUUGAUGCGAGUUUCGAAGAAAAUUCGUCUCGACUCAAGACUUCUAUCAACUUUCUACUUUCUCGACUGCUUCGUUUCGGCGGAAGGACGAGCUUGAGAUCAUGGAAACGCGACUACGAGUUUUAACCUUAGGCAAUUAAACGCUAUCCUCUCUCGAGCGAAACUUAUAACGACCCCCUUAAACGGCUUAUUAGCUCCAUUAUUAUCGCAUCUCGCUCAAUGACUCGCGAGAAUAAUACUCUCCUACAGCAUCUAUUAUUAUUUUUUUUUCUUACUCCACGAUGCGCCUUUUCUUAUCAAAAUAAAAGAAUUUCCGCACCAUA